UGUGUGAGGGGUGGAGUCUUUACCUUGUUUGAGAAACAGCUGCAUGUGUAUAUUUAGCACUUUCAAUUUUCAAAAGAUACAUUUUUCAGGAGCUCAGUCUGAGAAAACUGAUAAUGAUGCAUCACAGUGCUGGAGGUACGGUGGGUCCUCUUGGAUUCUGCACACCUGGUAGUAACAAACUCACCUGCUGGCUUUUACCUGAAGCCUUUUAGUCACCGUCUCAUCAUGUUUAUUGUAAAUAAAACUUCUGAACUUUUUCUCCAAGCCUUCAUAUUGAACUUGAUCUGUAUCCAUUUUAAAUCCUUGUAAACACCUGCACUGUUUUGUUACUGUGGGUUAAAAAGUGUCAAAACCGUUUAUGAACAAACAAUAGUAUGAAGACAUCUUGAAUGUCACAAGAGAGGAAACUGUGGGUUUUUUAAAGCUGUUUUUCUGGCCUUUCCUUUCCUGCUCACAGCUUUAAUCAGAUUUCUUCUUCUUUUUUAUUGGUCGCUGUGCUCACGUAUAAACACUGUAAGAGGAACUAAAGGAGAUGAGCUGCUGUGCCCCAUCUAAGGGUGUAACUUCUGAUUCAGACUCCAUUUUCAGAUAAUGCACAAGACUGUAAAGUUAUUCUUCUAGGAACUCCGAAGUGGCGGGCGGCCACGAGUUUUCAAUAAAUGCAGCAAAGCGCCCGUCUUGAAGAAGCCGUGCCUGUGUUGUCAUUUCGGAGUUAGAGUGAAAACUUGCCCUAGCUGGUGCCGGUGAGAAGCUCAUUAAGAAGACGGCAGCUGCAGAGAGUGACGGUAAAGUGGAGCGACACAAGAGGGCGCCAUUACACAAGCUCACCGUUCACAAGCAGCCAAGCACAGCAGCAUCGAUGCUAUCCAACUGGAGUAAGGAAUCCAGGCUGAAAGAAAUCACAGUUCAGCAGAGCCUGAUGAAGUCAGGUUGGUGGGAAAAGCCAGUCACUGUGGAGGUACACUGGAGAUGAAACAUGUGAGAGAAUGGAGACCAGUAGAUUUCUAUAACUGGACCCUGAAGAAAGCAGCUGUGGUCUGUGAACAUCUGGACUGUGGCUCUGCUGUUUCUGUACGAGAGAGAAAGUCCCCACGGAGAUUCAUAUGGUCGAUCAGACCUGACUGUUUUCAGUCCGGAUCUAAGUUGGGGGAUUAUUACCCUCUACCACCAUCCUCAAUCUCACCUGUUUAGGCUCAGCCAGAAGCAGCUGCUCACCUGGCAAAGCUGUUGGACUCACCUGCUCAGAGUCUGUCAGGUUGGUGGGAGGAGCCAGUCACUGCACAGGUACAUUGGAGGUAAAACACCUGGGUGAAUGGAGACCAGUGGAUGACAAUGGCUGGACCAUGAAGCCAGCAGCUGUUGUCUGUGAACAUCUGGACUGUGGCUCUGCAGUUUCUGUAGAACUGAUAUUUAAGUCACACGGAUCUGUUUGAAGGAUCAACCCUGACUGUGUUCAGUCUGGAUCUCCUCUGAGGGAGUGCUGUUUUACAGCUGAUCCAAAGUUUAGGUCCACAUGCCUUAAAAAGGCAAAAUCUGUGCAAAAAUGUGGAUUCAUUGUCAUUUUCUGUCAGGUAGUCUCACUGUCAUGACGUUCUGAUGGCAAAGGCAAAAAAACGUUUCCUUUUUGAACGAGGUCGGGUUGUUGAAUUGCAUAAGCAGGGUCUCUCACAGCACGCCAUCACUGCUGAGGUGGGACACAGUAAGACGGUCAUUUGGAAUUCCUUAAAUAAUCCUGAGGGUUAUGGAACAAAAAAGUCAAGUGGAAAAAUGUCACCAGCACUGAGCCGGAGGAUCCAAUUGGCUGUCCGUAAAGACACUGGAAGAUUCUCGACCCAAAUUAAGGCCGUUACUGAUGCCGACUGCAGCCCCAUAACCAUCAGACGACAUCUGAGACUGAAGGGCUUCAAAAACAAAACAUGUCUUCAAAGGCCUCGACUCCUUGGACACCACAGAACUGACCGUUUGGACCAAACAUAGGACACUGAAAGGUGGAAGAAAGUUUUAUUCUCUAAUGAGAACAAAUGUAACCUUGAUGGUCCAGAUGGUUUCCAGCGUUACUGGCAUGAUAAGCAGAUCCCACCUGAGGUGUUUUCUACGCCCACAGUGGAGGAGGCACCAUAAUGGUCUGGGGUGCUUUUUACUUCAGUGGAACAAUGGAGCUUCAGGAGAUGCAGAGGCGUCAAACCGCCACUGGCUAUGUCCAAGUAAGUCCUCAUACAGAUUUGUGUUGAAGAUCAGUCCUGAUUGUUUCCAGCUGAGAUCUUCCCGAAGAGAAUGUGUAGAACCAUCUUACUCUUCCUCUGUGCUCUAUGUCACCUGUUCAGACCUGCUGGCUCAGCCAAACAUUAUUGUCCCCGCCUCCAUGGACGGGGUCUCUGAGGCACGGCAGCAGGGGCUUCGGGUAUCCAGGGGCUACAGCUUCACCAUCAGCUGCUCCAUCCAGCCACAGUACCCAGGAGGCUCCUUCCAGCUCACCUUCACUUCCUCCAAUACAGCAUACAAUUACACCCAGCCAGUUGUCAAUCACUCUGCCCACUUCCUGUUUCCUGUCACAGAGCCUGCCCACCAAGGAAACUACAGCUGCUUUUAUCAUGUUUAUGUUUUUUCUCAUAACUUCUCGUCUGAGAGCCGCCAGCUGUGCGUGACUGUCUCAGAUCAUCCAGAUCUCACAGGCUUCAUCAUCAGAGCGCUCGUCCUGCCGCUGAUCCUGCUGUUGGAGAGCGUUGUUCUGUAUCUCUACUGUAAGACCAGCAGGGGGCAGAAGCUGGGCAGACAGGAGAACAUCAAGCUGGUUAACCGUAACAUUGGUGUUGGUGCAGCUGAAGAAGGGCCGGCUGAAGAGGAGGGAGCUCAUCUCAUAUCCAGAUGAAGUUCUCAGCUCAUCCAUCACCUCAGUCAUAGAUUUUACUUUUUUUCUACCAAAGAUUCCGUUAAUCAGUCAGGCUGGAAUGAUUCUGUUUUCUUACUGCCAGCAUGAAAAGAACAAAACCAUCAAAGUGUUUCAGGUUUUUAAAUCACAUUUUUACACAGAAAUUAGCCCCUAAUGUACCUGCUGUUCAACACUAACUGCAGGUGAAGUCGAACCAGACAUCAUCCUGUGUGUGACGCUGACCUUGACCUGCGGGAUGCAGAGGUGGUCUGUAGGGAGCUUGGCUGUGGGCCUCCUUCGGUCCUCCAGGGGGCGCUCUAUGGAGAAGCGGAGGCUCUAGUGUGGAACAGAGUCUGCUCUCCUGGCAGAACUUUAUAUAAAUAAAGGAUAUUUGUUCUGCCUUUUAUAAGUUACGCUGGAUAAUACAGUUUUGUAAACUGCCCUAGAGCCCCCUCUAGUGGCUGCUUUGUAAUAUUGUUUUGAUUACUUUGGAAAAAGAAAAAUAGAGGAAGCAGAAAAUCCAAGAUGGCUGAACGUAAUGCUGAAGUAUUAUUGUUCUAAGCCAGGGGUCUCGAACUCCAGGCCUCGAGGGCCGGUGUC